AUGCCGCCGCCAAGACCGUCCCUCAGCGCGUUUCUGAGCACCGCGCGCAAGGCGUUGCUCACCCCGGCGGCCCAGCGGCCUACGCCACUGACUUUUGUCGUCGGCAACGAGUCCGCAGACCUCGACAGCCUCUGCUCCGCCGUGCUCCUCGCCUACUUCCGCACCCACGCCCCUCCGCACCGCACGCUGCACAUCCCGCUGUCCAACCUGCCGCGCGCCGACCUCGCCCUGCGGCCGGAGCUCGAGGCCGUGCUGGCGCCCGCGGGCCUGCAGCCGAGCGACCUGCUCACGCUGACGGAGCUGCCGGGCCCCGAGGACCUGCGCGCCGCGGACACGCGCUGGGUGCUCGUCGACCACAACGCGCUGACGGGCGGCCUCGCCGCGCGGUUCCGGGACCGCGUCGUCGGCUGCGUGGACCACCACGACGAGGAGGGCCAGGUGCCCGAGGACUGCGGCGACGAGCCGCGCGUCGUGCGCAGGGCCGGCUCGUGCAUGAGCCUCGUCGUCGAGCACGUGCGGCACACGUGGCGGCGGAUGGCCGACGACGCGGCCGGUAGUGGUAGCGGUGACUGCAAGCCCGGGGAGGAGGAGGAGGAGGAGCUGGACGCGCAGCUCGCGCGCGUGGCGCUGGGGCCCAUCCUCAUCGACACCGUCUGCCUGCGCGACGGGGGCAAGACGACCGGCACGGACGUGCGGUCCGCCGAGUUCGCCGAGGGGUUCCUCCUCCCCGCCGCGGGGACGGCGGCCGGGUACGACCGCGGGCUGUACUUUGACGAGAUCGUGCGGCUCAAGGAGGACAUCUCCGGGCUGGGGUACCGCGACGUGCUGCGCAAGGACUACAAGCGGUGGGACGAGGGUGAGCUGCGGCUGGGCAUGUCGAGCGUCCUCAGGGGGUUCGCAUACCUCGCCGAGCAGACGGGCACGAAGCAGGAGUUCCUGGACGCCAUGCGCAGCUGGGCCCGGGAGCAAGGGCUGGACAUCCUGGCGCUCAUGACGGUUGAGCACCCUGGGGGCCAGCUGAAGCGGGAGCUCUUGGUCUGGGCGCUCAGCGAGAAGGCCAAGGGCGCGGCGGAGGUGUUUGCGCAACAGAACCGCGAGCAGCUCCAGCUCGACCAGUGGCAGGGCGGCAAGUUGGACGAUACCGACGGCCAGGAUGGAUGGCGGAAGUGCUGGGUCCAGGGCCGGGCGGAUCACAGCAGGAAGCAGGUCGGGCCGAUGUUGAGGAGGGCUAUGAAGGACUCGUCCAAGUUAUGA